UAUUUUAGGUUAUGUCAUUGUUAAAUUAACCUAAAAAAACGCUCCACAAAUCUUUUAAAAACCCCUAAGAGUUUGUAAUGAAUAAAACAAGUCAUUUUUUCUUACGUCUCACACGACACUACAGUGCCAAAACAACUACGAUCCCGCUCAGCCCUUUGAAGUCUUUAGUCCCGGAAAAACCGUAUCGAUCCCGUAUAGACCCCCAAAAGUUGCCCCCUAAAACGAAAAUAGACGCCGAUACGAUCGCUUUACUAGAACGAUUAUCUUUGGUUGAUUGCGCCAAUAAACAAGGAAUUGAAACGUUGGAGGCUGCUAUCGAAUUCGCUGAUCAGAUUCAACAAGUUGAUACUACUGGGGUUGAACCUUUGAUUACAGUUCUUGAAGAUAUACCAUUAAGAUUAAGAGAAGAUAAAGUUACUGAUGGCAAUUGUAGAGCAGAUAUCUUAAAAAAUGCAUCCUUGGUAGAAGAAGAUUAUUUUAUAGCUCCACCAGGCAACAUUGUUUUGGAAUCUAGAGAAGACUUGUUAUUUGAAAAUCAAGAGAAGUCUGAUAAUGUCAAAGCUUAA